AUGUUCAUAAUUACUCAUUCCUUGUUUAUGUCUAUUGUUCUAACAGCUUUGGAAACAGAACAGAACAGAACAAUGCAUUCUGUGACUGAAUUUGUCCUCCUGGGUUUCCACGGUCAAAGGCAGAUGCAGAGUUUCUUCUUCUCAUUAAUCCUAGUUCUCUAUUUCCUGGCCCCCGCGGCAAUUGUCUGUGCAGUGAAAUGGGAGAAGCGGCUCCACACACCCAUGUACAUCCUUUUAGGAAACUUUGCAUUUCUGGAAAUCUGGUACGUUUCCUCCACUGUCCCAAACAUGCUGGUCAAUAUUCUCUCUGAGACUAAGACCAUCUCCUUCUCUGGCUGCUUCCUCCAAUUCUAUUUCUUUUUUUCACUGGGUACAGCAGAAUGCUUCUUCUUAUCAGUUAUGGCUUAUGAUCGCUACCUGGCCAUCUGUCGCCCACUACACUACCCCUCCAUCAUGACUGGGCAGCUCUGUGUAAUCCUGGUCUGUGCAUGCUGGGUGGGUGGAUUCCUCUGCUACCCAGUGCCCAUUGUCCUUAUCUCCCGACUUCCCUUCUGUGGACCCAACGUCAUUGACCACUUUUUGUGUGACCCAGGCCCAUUGUUUGCACUCGCCUGCGUCCCUGCACCUUCCACUGAACUUAUCUGUUACACCGUCAGCUCAAUGGUUAUCUUUGGGCCCUUCCUCUCCAUAUUGGGAUCUUACACUCUGGUUCUCAGAGCUGUGCUUCGUGUUCCCUCUGGUGCUGGUCGAACUAAAGCUUUUUCCACAUGUGGGUCCCACCUAAUGGUGGUUUCUCUAUUCUAUGGGACCCUGAUGGUGAUGUAUGUGAGCCCAACAUCGGGGAACCCAGCAAAAAAAAAACAGAAGACUGUCACUUUAGUAUACUCAGCAGUAACUCCACUCUUAAAUCCCAUUAUCUAUAGUCUCCGAAACAAAGAUAUGAAAGAAGCCCUAAAGAAAGUCUUGGGAUUGAGACGUCUUUGA